GAGGAACAUCACUCUCAGAGAAGAGAAGGCUCAUAAAACAUCCUCCUAUGGACAAAGACUGAACAAUGAUCCCUCUGGAAUUAAUGUUUUCUGUUUGUAUUUCUGUCCUUCAGCUUGAAGGAAUCAGUGGGGACGUCUCCCUUUUCUACAGACCUGGACAAAGCACUGCACUGCCCUGUAUUGGUAAAUUAUCCUCUGAGAAAAAAUGGGAUUUUGACUGGUUUUACAACAGAGAACCUUCUAAAGCUGAAGAAGAGGUUAAGAAUGGAUGUAUAGUGCAGAGCUCUCCCCGAGCUUCCAGGAUGACUCUGGACCCCAACUUCAGUCUGGUCAUAUACAACCUCACUGCUGAUGAUGCCGGUGCCUACACCUGUUAUUCGAAGUAUAAAGGGAACACAAACUCAUAUGUGUAUGUGAACAUCCUCACUGUCUCGCUGUCUCCACUUGAUGCUGAUCCAAGGAGAGAUGGAAGCAUCACAUUACAGUGCUCUCUGUGGAGGUAUAGAGGAUAUGGUCCAUGUCCACGGGACAGCGUCCAGUGGGUGGAUGAGACAGGCACUGUUCUGCUGGGUGAAGGUAUCGGGUAUAAGACCAAACAGACUGGCUGUGUCUCUACCCUGAUUGUACGUCUGAGUGGAUUCAACAGGAGAUACACCUGCCAGUUUGUUGAGAUGAAUAACACAGUGAUAUAUGCAGAAUACACACCUGUCUUCACUGGCAACAGCCCUGUAGUUGCAGAUUGCACUAAUUGGACUUUUCUGAGCCUCUUCACCCUGAUUCUGCGUGCCACCGGAGUAUUUUUGAUGACUGUAAUUUCUCUUCUUUACCUCAAAAAUAAAGUGAGCAAGACAUGCGGAAGAAAGGGAAAUAAUCAUCGUCACGCGGUCAACUAUGAAAAUGUUCGAGCACCUGCAGCUGCUUCCAACCUGCACUAAUCAGCUGUUCUUAACCCGUAAAGACCCAGUACUACUUCUGUGGUGGUUCCAAAUGAAUUUUCUUUCUUAAAUGAUUUAUCACCAUUUAUUAUAA